AUGCCGGUUUGCGCCCUGCAUGCCAUAUGCUACCAUGCCACCCUGCCAGCCCGCCCGCCCUGUGAGGUGUCGUUGCCCCUGGUGGGCGCAUCUUUGCAGCUGUUGCAGUCCCGUCCGUCAGGUGCAGCUCAGUUGCAAUGGCCCCGGGUGACGCUCGUUACAGGCGCAAUGUCUGAGGUACAGAGCAGACCCGUCGCCGCGCGCGGCAGAGGCUCCGGCCGCGGUGGCCGGGGCGGUCUUUCGACUCGGGGAGGUCGCAGCGCGACCAGGACCAACGGCGAUUCCACAGAGUCGUCGUCGCUGCCAUCUCUAGAGGACGAGGGCGAGAUUGGCCAGCUUAGGAAGCAAUAUGGCAGCAAAGUUGCCAUCAUCAAGGAGAUGUUCCCCGACUGGUCGGACGUCGAUGUUCUAUUUGCUCUCAACGAGACAGACGGUGACGAAUCCCUCGCUGUCACCCGCAUUGCUGAAGGAACCAUCUCGCAAUGGGGCGAGGUAACCAAGCCCAAGAAGGUGUCCAAGCCCAAGACGAAGACCGAUACUUUCACAUCCACUCCUGCCGAUUCCUUCGCUGGAUCCACGAGACCUGUUAGAGGCGGCCGCGUAGACAGCGGACGUGGACGUGGCAGGGCCACCGAGCGAGGCGGUCGGGGCGGUGGCCGCGGCAAGCCCCUCAAUGCGACGAUCAACGGCCACAAGAACAAGGAGAGCGAGCAGCUUUCAGUUCCUACCGAAGAGGCCAACGUAUGGGGUGCUCCCAAGCCCACCGAAGAGGCGAGUGGAUGGCCCGAGGAGAGCUCGCCUUCCGCCGAGAUUCCUGCCGCCGCGCCUGCUCCCGUUGCUCCCAAGCCCGUUGAGCCAGCGCAGAAGACCUGGGCUAGCAUGUUGAGACAGUCUGUGCCGAAGCCUACCCCCAAGCCGAAGGAGGUCGCUCCUCCCAAGCCUGCUGAGCCCGUUAUCGAGCCUCUCCCGCCCGCCGCCGAACCUACCCCUGUUGAGCCUGAGGUCCAGGCUGAACCUGAAGCUGAGCCCGAAGUCCCACAACCCGUCGAGGAACCUACGCCCGAGCCUGCUAAGAAGGAGGCUCCUCCUCCUCCUCCUCCUGCCGUCCCCGCGCUGCCUAUUGUACCUAUCGAGCCUGCCCUCCCCGCUAUCCCCGUUGUUCCCGAAGUCGCUUUGAAGCCGUCCAAGGAUCAACUUACCGAAACGAAUCUCGAACAAGUUGCCGAUGAUUCCCACCCUCCAGAGACCGAGACCGCUGCGAGCGAAGCCGCCGACUCUUGGGAUCCCCGGGCCCAGGGCCCCAGCGCUACUGCGACCCCCAACUCCGCGUCUCAGCAGCAACAUCAGACCUCCCGCGCCCCUGGCAGUGGCUUUGCUACGACUGCUUCCAAGGCCACCGAUCGCACAUCUACUCGUACCCCUACCUAUGCCCGCCGAAUCCUUGACCAGCAGGAGCCUGUCCGCAUGCCUGGUAACCGUGACCAGGUCGACCGUGCCGCCGUUCAGUUCGGCGCUUUCAGCUUGAACGAGGAGGAUGACAUUGAUGGUGACCGUGAGGAGCCCGAGACUCGUCCUCAGCCUCCUCAGGACUCUCCUGUUACCCAACCUCGCGCUUCUCUUCCUCCUGCGCAGCCUGCCCCGGUUCCUGAGACCUUCGCUGCCCAGAAGCCUGCGGCCUCGCUCCCUCCUACGGGCCCUGCCGGUAUGACCCUUCCCUCAUUAGCCAAUGCCUCAAAUUUGCGACUAAUUCCAUUUUUAGCCACUACCGCUACCGCACCCCCUACGGCCCCGACCCAGCCUGCUGCCGCCGCGGCCGCUUCUCAGGGUGCGUACUACCUCCCGAUCUCGUCACUUGUAGAUGAUUCACUAAAGACCCCGGCUGAAGCAGCUACGCAACCCCCUACUGCGCCAAGCACUCAGCAGUUCGGCCGCUUCGGCCAGCCUGCGCCCCAAGAGCCCGCUCCUUUUGGCGCUUCCAAGCCUUUCGAUGCUUUCGGCCAACAGCCUGGUGCUGUGGCUGCUCAAACCCAGUACGAGACUGGCUUCCCCGUUCAGGGCCAAGUUGCGCAAACUCAGAACCAGCAGCAGCCCGUCGGCGCAUUCAGCUCGGCUCCCAGUGAUUACUCUCAGUACUACACCGCUGAUCAGAGCCGUUACAACUACUACGGCCAAAACAACUUUGGCCAGCAACAGGGCACUCAGGGACAGCAAGACGGUCUGUCUCAGCCCCAGCGCGGCUUUGGAUAUAACGCGCCCCAGGCCGAUAACCUUAGCCAGUAUCCUCAGAGCGGCGCUCAGCAUACUCAGAAUCGCUUCGGUUCUGGCUCUGAUAUGGCCGGUACUCCUACCCCUAACCAGGCUGGAACCCAGGCCCAGACUGCUCAGACCACCCAGGCCCAGACUCACGGCCAGCAACAGCCGCAUGAUCAGUAUGGUCCCUACGGCAGCCACCCUUACUACUCUAACCCUUAUUACUCUGCGUACAUGAACUACAACGGGUACAACCAGGGCGCUUACGGCGCUCCUUAUGGAAAGGGCGGACUUGGUUACCAGCCCAACCAGUAUGGCAUGUCUCCCCAGGCCCCUCAUGGAUACGCUUCCUCCCCUGCCGGUUUUGGACAGUCCACUCUCCACCGUGAGACUGGUGUUGGAGCUGGUGGCCUGAAUGAUUAUGGUCGCACCGCCUCCGGCCAGUCUGCUCAGCAGCAAGGUCUCGGUGGUAGCGGCUUCGGUGGAAUGCACGAUGCUUUCGGUCGUGGUGGCUCCAGCUACCAGUCUCAGGCCGGCCAGUCCUUCAAUGCUCCCGGAACUCAGCCGGGUGCCGGUCCUUCGGCCUCUGAUGACCUGAAGCCUUUCGGCGACUCCAAGGCUGCUUCCGGACCUAGCCCUGCCCUUGGCGGUGCCGCUCGUCCUGGCUCUGCUACCAACAAUGCUCCCUCUCAGAGCGGCCUCCCCCCUCCGCAGUCGAACCAACAGAGCGGUCUCGGUGGUAUGGGAUCUUACGGCUACCCCAACCAUCUCCAGGGACACGGUCUCCAUAACCAGACCGGUACUGGUUACGGCAUGGGCGCCACCGGCACCCAGGGUCACCAGAACACCUACGGUGGUUAUGGCGGACAAGGUUUCGGCGGGGGCUACUAUGGCAACCCUCCACGUGGCGGCUGGGGUAACAACUACCACUAG